CUCCUUCCUUCCCUCCCAUUCUAGGGUUUUUCUUCGCUUCGCUCCCUCGUUUCCUCUCACCCGUCGCAGCGACCAACCACUGCAGCUGCAGAGGCAGAGCCAUGGCCUCGGAGAAGAAGCUUUCGAAUCCAAUGAGAGAGAUCAAAGUUCAGAAGCUAGUCCUCAACAUCUCCGUGGGCGAAAGCGGUGAUCGCCUUACCAAAGCCUAUAAGGUCUUGGAACAACUCAGUGGCCAAUCUCCUCUUUUUUCUGUGUUUUUUUGGAUGACAGCGAGAUAUACCGUGCGGUCCUUUGGGAUCAGGCGUAAUGAGAAGAUUGCUUGCUAUGUCACAGUCAGAGGUGAGAAGGCAAUGCAGCUUCUAGAGAGUGGAUUGAAGGUGAAGGAAUAUGAACUGCUGAGGAGGAACUUCAGUGAAACUGGUUGUUUUGGCUUUGGUAAUCAGGAGCACAUUGAUCUCGGAAUUAAGUAUGAUCCUUCAACUGGAAUAUACGGGAUGGAUUUCUAUGUAGUCUUGGAACGCCCAGGGUAUCGCGUUGGUCGUCGCCGUCGGUGCAAGGCUCGUGUUGGAAUUCAGCACAGGGUCACUAAGGAUGACGCCAUGAAGUGGUUUCAAGUCAAAUACGAGGGCGUGAUCCUCAACAAAUCCCAGAAUAUUGGGGCUUAGGCCUCGAGCAUUUUAGCAUCUUCUUUUGAUUGUCGGAAAAUUUUGAUUUUUUCCCUGUGGUCCAUAAUUUAUCACUUUUCCUAAUAUACGGAGGUCAAUUUUCAGUUGUCCUUUUUUGCA